AUGGCAGUCGGUAAAUGCCAUGUAACCGUACUUCAUGUGGAACAGCCAAAACCAGAUAGACGUCAGACCAAUAAUUGUAAACUGAACUGUAAAAAGUGUUUACAAACUGGGCAGAUACCAGGGCAACGUAUGCUUGAAUGUCCCAACCAAAUGCUGGACUUAACAAAAGUAGAUGAUCAAGAAAUGAAAUCGGGUCCUCCGGUAGAACGCAGAUCGCGACAUGAAAAUCUUACUGACACUGACGGAUCUGAUGAUGACACUGAAAGAUAUGAUGAUGACACCGACAGAUCUGGUGAUGACAACGACAUAUCUGAAGAUGCUGAUGACAGAUCUGAUGAUGACAAUGACAGACCUAAUGAUGACACUGACACAUCUGAUGAUGACGCUGACACAUAUGAUGAUGACACUAACGGAUCUGAAGACGACGCUGAUAGAUCUGAUGAUGACGAUGACAGACCUGAUGAUGACACUGACACAUCUGAUGAUGACACUGACAGAUCUGAUGAUGACGAUGACAGAUGUGAUGUUAACACUAAUAGAUCGGAUGAUGACGAUGACAGAUGUGAUGAUGACACUGACAGAUCUGUUGAUGACACUGACAGAUCUGUUGAUGACACUGACAGAUCUGAUGACAAUGACGGAUCUGAUGAUGACGUACGUGUACAGCGCGACUCUUUCGCGCGCGAGUUCGAGUAA